AUGUCUUAUAUCAAAGCAUCGCAACCAACAAUUAAUAAUUUAAAAAAAUUAUGUGAAAUAAAAGGCAUUAAUUAUUUGGCACCAGAACUAGACAUAAAACACAGGUGGAAUUCCACAUACUACAUGCUAGAUAAGUGGAAAAAAAUGGAGUCUCCUUUAACAAUGUUUGCAGCUGACGAUCAAAUAGUUCGUCAAAAGUUUCCAGACAAAAAUGAUUGUGCUAACAUUAAU